CCAUCUUUUACACACGUCACUCAGUGCAGUUUAUCAUCUUCCAUUUUUUUCAGUGAGGAGAGAGAAAAUAUGGCGGGAGGUUGUAUGCUCCUACACUUCAAAACCUCAUCAUCGCCGCCAUUAAUGGCGGUUUCAAGCUCAGUAAAGGAGAGAGACAUUUCAAAGCCGAAAAUCGAUUUCGCAGUUUCCGACGACAAAAUUCGGAAUUCUAGGGUUUUGAUUUUGGGCGGGACUGGUAGAGUUGGUGGUUCUACUGCUGUCGCUCUUUCGGCACUUUCUCCUGAUCUUCGCAUCUUCAUCGGCGGACGAAAUCGGGUGAAAGGUGAGGCGAUGGUGAAAAAUCUUGGGGAGAAAUCGGAGUUUGUCGAAUUCGAUAUCGAAAAUGUGAAAGCACUAGAAGCUGCUUUAGAAGAUGUAGAUCUUGUAGUUCACACUGCAGGGCCUUUCCAGCAGACUGAAAAAUGCCCUGUACUCGAAGCUGCUAUUCGUACCAAGACAGCAUAUAUUGAUGUUUGUGAUGAUACAAGAUAUUCAGUUCGUGCCAAAUCUUUGUGUAAAGAUGCUAUGGCUGCUAAUAUUCCAGCUAUUACAACUGCUGGGAUUUACCCUGGAGUGAGCAAUGUGAUGGCGGCAGAGCUUGUUCGUGCAGCAAAAGAUGAAGGAAGGGGUGAACCUGAAAGGCUCAGAUUCUCAUACUAUACAGCAGGAACUGGAGGUGCUGGUCCAACAAUAUUGUCUACAAGCUUUUUACUUUUAGGAGAAGAGGUUGUUGCCUACAGCAAAGGUGAAAAGGUCAAAUUAAAGCCUUAUAGUGGGAUGCUAAAUGUUGAUUUUGGAAAUGGGAUCAGAAAGAGAGAUGUAUUUUUGCUGAAUCUGCCAGAAGUAAGAAGUGCCCAUGAAAUUCUGAGGGUGCCAACUGUCAGUGCUAGAUUCGGGACUGCACCCUUCUUUUGGAACUGGGGAAUGGCCAUAAUGGCUAAACUCCCACAGGAUUUUCUACGCAACAGAAAAAAAGUCCAGCAGUUGGUUGAUUUGUUUGACCCUGUAGUUCGGGCAGUUGAUGGUUUUGCUGGGGAGCGUGUCUCAAUGAGGGUUGAUUUGGAAUGUUCAGAUGGGCGCAGUACGGUUGGUUUAUUUACUCAUAAGAGCUUAUCUGUAUCAGUUGGAGUAUCUACAGCCGCAUUUGUCCUUGCAGUCCUAGAGGGUAGUACACAACGUGGAGUAUGGUUUCCAGAAGAGGACCUGAAGAAAGUUAUGGACGGCCGUCCAUGGUGUUUCGACAAUAUGUUAAUCCUCCUGAAGGAAGCGGAUGGGGAGGAACAACCAGAUCGAGUCAUCAUCAACCUUUCGCCUUUUUGGGAUGUAUUGAAAUGUGUUACUCCUUGUGUUCCUGAUGAAUGUAAUCAAGCUCUCCUUAAACCUUAUUCUAAGGAUGAGAUUUAUACAGCUUUGCAACAGAUGCACCCCAGUAAAGCCCCUGGACCUGAUGGUAUGCAUGCCAUAUUCUAUCAACGAUUUUGGCACAUUAUUGGUGAUGAUGUGACAUCCUUUGUCUGUAGUAUUCUCCAUGGCUCCCCUUUCCCGCCUUGUUUAAACAAGACAAACAUUGCUCUCAUCCCGAAAGUCAAGGAUCCGAAACUUGCUUCAGAAUUUCGGCCUAUUGCACUCUGCAAUGUUCUCUAUAAGCUGGUGUCAAAAGCUGUGGUUAUGCGUUUGAAAAAUUAUCUGCCGAAUAUGGUUACAGAAAACCAAAGUGCUUUUGUCCCAGGGCGUCUCAUCACAGAUAAUGCCCUCAUUGCUCUGGAAAUUUUUCAUUCUAUGAAGUACAGAAAUAAAAGCAGAAGGGGUGUGGUGGCUAUGAAACUGGACAUGAGUAAGGCUUAUGACAGAGUGGAGUGGGGUUUUCUUCGAAAAAUGCUCUUAACCAUGGGUUUUGACGGUAGGUGGGUGAACUUAAUAAUGAAUUGUGUUUCCACUGUUUCUUAUUCUUUCAUCAUUAAUGGUGGUGUUUGUGGAGAUGUUUUGCCUGCUAGAGGACUCAGACAAGGGGACCCUCUUUCCCCUUACUUAUUCAUCCUGAUUGCAGAUGUCUUUUCUAAGAUGAUUCAGCAGAGAGUGCAGGAGAAAGCACUUCAUGGGGCUAGAGCAAGCCGCAGUGGCCCUGAAAUCUCCCAUCUUCUUUUUGCUGAUGAUAGCUUGUUGUUUACUAGAGCUACCCGACAGGAAUGCACAGAAAUAGUUGAUAUUCUCAACCUCUAUGAGUUGGCAUCUGGGCAGAAAAUUAAUUAUGAAAAGUCGGAGGUAUCUUUUAGUAAAGGAGUAAGCCAAGAGCAACAGGAAGCUCUUAUGGGAAUUCUUAAGAUGCGCAGGGUGGAUAAACAUGACAAGUAUCUUGGUAUCCCUUCUAUUGCGGGACGAUCGAAAAAAGCAAUUUUUGAUUCGAUUCUUGAUAGAAUUUGGAAGAAACUCCAAGGGUGGAAAGAAAAACUCUUAUCUAGAGCAGGGAAAGAGGUGUUAUUGAAGGCAGUGAUACAAGCUAUUCCGACCUAUCUGAUGGGGGUCUACAAGUUUCCAGGCUUAAUCAUUCAGAAAAUUCAUGCAGCUAUGGCACGGUUUUGGUGGGGGAGUGAAAGUGGCAAGAGGAAAAUGCAUUGGAAGAACUGGGCGGAUAUGUGUACCUUGAAGUGUUUGGGAGGGAUGGGCUUUAAGGAUCUAGCGGUUUUUAAUGAUGCACUAUUGGGACGUCAAGCUUGGCGGCUAAUUCACCACCCUAAUUCUCUCCUUGGGCGUGUGAUGAAAGCUAAGUAUUACAAAAACUGUGAAUUUAUUGACUCGUAUCUUGGUCACUCUUGUAGUUUCUCAUGGAAGAGUAUUUGGAGUUCCAAGGCUUUGAUUAAGGAAGGGUGUUUAUGGCGCAUUGGAGAUGGAAAGGAUGUGGACAUAUGGGGUAUGCCGUGGGUUAUGGAUGAUGAGGGGCGACAUAUUACGUCCGAGCCGAAUGAUUUGUAUCCAAAGGUGAGCAGUUUAAUUGAUGAAAGUUGUAUGGAGUGGAAGCUGGAUAUUAUAGAAGAAGUGUUUAAUGAGCGUGAUAUUAAGUGCAUUAUGACUAUUCCCUUAACAUAUCCCGCCCCUAAAGAUGUCAUCACUUGGGGUUUCUCGAAGAAUGGGCAUUAUUCAGUGAAAACAGCUUACAUGUUGGGGAAAGGAGGUAAUCUUGAUAACUUUCAUAGAGCUUGGGUUUUUAUUUGGAGUUUGGACGUUAGCCCAAAAGUGCGUCACUUUCUUUGGCGAGUCUGCACCAAUACACUUCCUGUUCGGAGUUUAUUACAUCAUCGUCAUCUCAUGGAAGAUGCAAGCUGCCCAUGGGGCUGUGGAUUGACCGAAACAACAUCCCAUGCCCUUUUUUGUUGCUCUCGGUGGGAGGAGGUUUGGCAGGAGAGUGGCUGUGUUGAGAUGAGAGAAGCAGAUGCGAAUCGCUCUAUGUGUGAGAUCAUUGAAAGCUGGGAACAGGUGGAUGCCAAGAUCAGGGUGAAAGGUGCUUAUUUGUUAUGGUGUAUGUGGGGAGAGCGCAACAACAAGGUGUUCAAUGGUAAGGAAACCCCAAACCAAGUUUUGUCGCAGAGAAUUACAAGGUACGCGGAAGAACAAGGCAAAUAUGCGAAGGCUCUCUAUGCUCGUCCAUCUCGCGAUGUCACUAGUAGCUCGAAGGUCUGGCGCUUGCCUCCUGCUGGGGUGCACAAGAUGAAUGUUGAUGCUUCACUGGCGGAGGCUGGCUGGGUCGGAUUUGGAGGUAUAGUGCGAGACCACGAAGGCAGGGUGGUUCUUUCAGCAACUCGCAAAGUUCGCGCUAACUGGGCCCCUGAAGUUGCUGAAGCGAAGGCAGUGGAAUGGGGCGUGCGGAUGUGUAGGCGGUUUGGGCUUCACCACAUCAUCCUUGAGUCGGAUUGUCAAUCAAUUAUCGCUCGCCUUUCGAAGAAUGCCAUCUAUCUGUCAGAUCUAGAUAAUAUAUUAUCUAAUAUUCUAGUCUCUUGCUCUAGUUUUUCUUCUCUUCAUUGGUCUCAUGUUAAACGAGACGGAAAUUAUGUGGCGCAUCAUUUAGCUAAACUCACUCCUUUUGGAGUUGAACAGAUUUGGGAGAACCACUAUCCUUCGGAGGUGGCUCCCUACGUUUUGAUGGACAAUUUGUCCCUUGAGUAAUGCCACUUUUAAUGUUUCCCCUCAAAAAAAAAAAAAAAUAGUAAUGACCCCCAAGCUACUGGGAGACA